UGCCAUCCACCCAGUCUGCAAAGCUGCAGCCACUUAACAGCUAGCCGAGUCCACAUACAAAACCGAACAACGGUAGAUAAAAGUCAAUUUCCACAGCUCACGGUCUUCGUGUACCAAAUGCUAUAAUUAUUUGCUCCGUGCUGGGGAGGUGUAGCGAAUUCCGACCGUUCGGUGGCUUAGGCACGCGCAAGAAAACAAGAAAAGUCAUCGCGAUCGGAACAAGAGUUUCGGGUCAAGUUGGGAAGUUCCAUUUUUGUUGGUGUUUCUGUACGCGAAGCCGUUUGUCGAGUUCUAGAUUGCAGAAAGCAGAGCAAAGCAGGUUCGAAUCCGCCCCCGAGAGCUGCUGCGAGCGGACCCCAUUCAAGCCAGGGACAGUGCCUUUCGGAUGUGACCAGGAGACCCGUCAGAUGUGCAAAUGUCACUCACGUUAUUUCGUGGAGGCAAACAAAAAACCGCAUCCUGCGUAGGAAUGACCGUGAUGGCAAAAGUGUCGACCGAGGAAAUCUGCGAGAAUGCCAAGAUGGCACGGGAAAUGGCCCUGACCGGGAACUACGAUGCCGCGGGCAUCUACUACGAGGGUCUGCAGCAGAUGCUGGGCCGGCUGGUCUCGUCCGUGAACGACCCGAUGCGCAAGGGAAAGUGGACAAUGAUUCAGCAGCAGAUCGCCAAGGAGUACCAGCAGAUCAAAUCCAUUCAGAAGCUACUCACCGAGAUGACCAUCGAUCUGCAGCACACCCCGCUGGUGGCCAGGCUGCGGACGCCGAUGCACGAGGAGCCCACCAAGGAUCCGGCUUCAUGGUUCCGACCCGACCCGGAUAUUUGGACGCCGCCGCCUCGUGAUCCCGACGUUUUUGGACCUCCUCUGGAUUUCACAAAACCUGCCGUCCCAGCACGCGGAACUCGAUCGGGUGUACCUCCUAAAAAAGUAGACCGACGAAGUGGCAUUCCACAGAAAGGCGCCCAAUCAACAGCAAAGAAAAUCGGACCACCAGGACGAGGGGGAACAGGCAACACGGCAAAUGGACGUGCACAACAGACGAAUAAGGACAAACGGGCAUCGACUGCGCCAGGAGGAAAUAACACUUCAGCCAAUGACACUUCCACAAAUGUAAAUGAGGAUCAGAAAGACGAAGAGCCUGCAGAGGAGGAGAAGAAAUUUGAACCUAGUAGUCAUCUGGAAGCUGAGCUGGUGGACAUUUUAGAACGUGAUAUUCUUCAAAAAAAUCCAAACAUCCAUUGGGAUGACAUUGCAGACUUACAUGACGCCAAACGCCUGCUCGAAGAGGCUGUAGUUCUGCCAAUGUGGAUGCCAGACUAUUUCAAGGGAAUUCGAAGGCCAUGGAAAGGUGUACUGAUGGUAGGCCCGCCGGGUACAGGCAAAACAAUGCUUGCUAAAGCGGUCGCGACCGAAUGCGGCACAACCUUCUUCAAUGUCUCCUCCUCAACACUCACAUCAAAAUAUCGUGGCGAAUCUGAGAAGAUGGUUCGUCUUCUAUUCGAAAUGGCACGUUUUUAUGCACCAAGCACGAUAUUCAUUGAUGAAAUUGAUUCGUUAUGUUCGCGACGAGGCUCUGAAUCUGAGCAUGAAGCAUCGCGACGUGUCAAAUCAGAACUUUUAGUACAAAUGGAUGGAGUAGGUAGUGAAGAAGCGUCAAAAGUUGUGAUGGUUUUAGCUGCAACUAAUUUCCCUUGGGACAUUGAUGAGGCUUUGCGUCGACGUUUGGAGAAACGAAUUUAUAUUCCAUUGCCUACGGAUGAGGGACGUGAAGCUCUACUGAAAAUUAAUUUACGUGAAGUUAAGGUUGAUCCAAGUGUAAAUUUGAAAUCGAUAGCAAAAAAAUUGGAAGGAUAUUCCGGAGCGGAUAUAACGAAUGUUUGCAGAGACGCAAGUAUGAUGUCAAUGCGACGUAAAAUUGCCGGCCUCAAACCCGAACAAAUCCGACAACUAGCCACGGAAGAAGUUGACCUUCCCGUAUCAACACAAGACUUUAGCGAAGCAAUCGCCAAAUGUAACAAGAGCGUUUCAAAAGAGGAUUUAGCAAAAUAUGAGAAAUGGAUGCGUGAAUUCGGCUCCUCCUGAUAUGACCGCACGCCGACACCGGAGAUUAAUGCAGCCAGAACGAUGGACGAUCGCUUCAGUGGCUGUUACUACAGCGUUUGCAAUGUGACAAUUGCAAUCGUGGAAAUCUUCACGCUUUAGUUAAUCUCUUUUUUAAUUUUCAUCAUCCUUUGCCACUAUCCAGACGUAUUUUCUCUCGAAAUGUACUUAAAAUCUUUUUUAUCGAAUGACUAAAAAGAAUAAAAUGAAAAAAACCAAAAGAGCCAACUAAUAACAAGCCAUACUUGACAGGAUAAUGAAACUAAUAUUUUAGCUCGUCUGGACGGGCUCAUAAGCCAGAAUGGGAAUAAUUCACCUUUCCAAGGAUAAGUUUUGUAAAUGAAUGCUCAACUGUUUUAGGUUUCAUUAAAAUUGGUGAAAGGAUUCUAUGCGUUAAUGGUUUGCCUGCCCAUCCCUGGGUGUUUAGAAGGCAACAACUGGUCUCACUAACAACUGUUAACAUAAAAAGGCAGAGCAGACCCAGGCAGUUAAUGGACGAAGCGUUGCAUUUAUUAAAACCCAGAACAUGAGAUUCCUCUCCUCAGAAGUCCUUCGCGAAUCCUGACGCUUGUGCAAUUGGUAGAUUUUUACUCAACGGAAUUGUUAUUUGACAAACCAGGACGCGAGGACAGAAUUACGUUGCUCAUAUUGAUAGUUUAUAAUUGUUUGAUUCUAUGAUUUUAUUUUAAAUUUUACACUAAAUCCCCACUAGGCAACAAAUCAUUCAUUUUAAUUCGGCUUUGCAAGGACACACGCAAUUGAAUGAUGUCGAAUCUGAAAGACAAAAAUCAAAUUUUCAUGUGAAGUAGGAGAUAUUUUAAGUCAGAAGUAAGAAUUAUGAUUACUAAU